AACGUUAAACGCCACUGUUGUUGUUUUAAAUACAUAACGUUUAAAAGGACCAAUGCAAACGGAGUACAUUAAGAGGUAGUGGAUGUCCGUAACAUAUCCUACUACUACAAAUAAUAUUAUUUACAUCUUUCCGUAGGCAUAGUUGCACGUUAUUUCAUUAGCGUUAUUUGGCAGAAUAAAAUGUCUCUGUGAUAUAUCAACAGCAGUUAAGUUACCACUAUAACUGUCUUCGGUAGUGGAAGACAAAAAUGUGGGGAGAAAUCGAGCCAUGUAUCAAACCCAAUGAGGGUGACAACGUGAAGUGCUGCGGUACAGACCAGAGAUGGACACACUCUCCAGAUCUGCAGCAGAAGACAGCACUGUGGGGAGAAAUCGAGCCAUGCACUAAACCUAAUACAUCUGGCAACUGCAAUGAACCUGCUCCUCAAGAAAAAUGUCCUCCUGAGACUGAUGUUAAGGAUGCCCAAAACACUACAAGCUACUCCCCAAAUCUACAGGAUGAGCCAUCCAGCUGUCUGAGCACAAUGAUCGAGGCUAUAGCAGCCAGUGGGAGUCCAGUGAAAAGCCAGCAGCUGGGGGAGCCAGAUUUAACUCUGGAGGAGAAGAAGAGGGUUUUGAUGGAUCAGUACAAAUCUAAGCCCUUAGUCUUUCUAGAGCGCUAUCAGGCCCAUCUGAAGCCAGAGCACAUGGACGCUUUCUCACACCUGAGCAAUGACUGCAGGGCGCAGUAUUACUGCAAGGAGAUUCAGAGACGGGCAUCUGGCACAGCAGACCGGACAAGGAUCCGGAACCAUCGAUACGCAGCUCUUCGUGUUCUUCAGAAAGAGGGCCAGUACUUCAGCGAGGAGCAGAUGCGUGUGCGAGAUCCACUGCUGUACGAGCAGUACAUCGGACAGUAUCUCAGUGAAGAGGACAUCAUGCAGCGCUCAGAGGAGGCCAUGAGGAACGGCCCAGGGGGACUCGCUGACCUGCUUAUCAACUCCUACCAGGAGAAACUCAUCCAGAACCGCCUGGAGGAGGAGCAGGAGAGAGAGCAGUGUGCAGUGGAGGAGUCGGAUGAGGAAGAAUGUGAGGAACCCAGACCGGCAGAGUGGGAGCCAACUGCAGAAGAGAAAGCCAUGCUGAGGGAGGAGUUCCUGAGUCAAAUGCAUCAGCGCUUUUUGGAUGGAAAAGAUGACUUCAACUACAGUGAAGUGGAUGGGAAUCCAGAUUUUGAUAACCUGGAUAUCGUAAGCCAUGAUGCAGAGGAGCGCUACUUUGAUGAUGAUGAUCAGGUAGAAGAGGAGGAAAAAGAAGAGGAGGAGGAAAAAGAAGAGGAGGAGGAAAAAGAAGAGGAGGAUGAUAUGAUGCAAUAGCCCUUCAUGUUCAGAAUGAUUUUCACAUUUCUCCUGUUUGAUAUUUUUGUUUGUGUAGGUUAAAUGUGAUUAUCAACACUUAAUUGUCUUUAAUAAAAGAGUACUAUUUUUCAA